AUGCCUUCCUCGGAGACUCCGAGCGUGACGGCGUCGCCACCGGCCGCCAGGAAACAGCUCAGCUCGCUCUCGUCCGCGCGCAAGCUCACGCUGCUAGUCAUCUUCUGCUUGGCACAGUACAUCGACUCGUUCAAUAUCUCCGCGCUGUUCGCAGCAACUCCGCCUAUCUCGGUGGACCUGGACAUCUCGAACGCGGUGUCAGUGUGGACGACGAGUGCAUAUCAGCUCACGUUCGCGGCAUUUUUGCUCACCAGCGGUCGCUUGAGUGACUUGUACAGUCCGAAGUAUGUGUUCCUCGCGGGAGCAUUCAUCAUCUCCUUUACUUCGCUUGGAUGCGCGUUCGUCCGAGCGCAAGUCCCACUGUUCCUCCUACGAGCGUUCAUGGGGGUCGGAGCCGCGUUGAACAUCCCAUCUGCUAUGCAGAUCAUCGUGCGGAUGUUCCCCACGCCGCACGUCCAAUCGAAAGCAGUAGCUGCCUUUGCUGGAUCGGCUGCCCUCGGCAACGUAUCUGGCCUGAUCAUCGGCGCAGCUCUAGUCUCUUUUGCAUCAUGGCCGGCAGUGUUCUACUUCAUUACCGUGAUUUGCUUCCUUAUGGGUGCCCUUGUGACUGUCCUGCUCCCGUUCUCGCGGAACCACGAUAACAACACGGGAUCCCGCCUUGAGACGUUGAAGAAGGUCGACAUUGUUGGUGUUUCGCUACUGACAGCUGCGCUCGUGCUCUUCGUGUUUGCAGUCACGGACGGAGCGGCCGUCGGGUGGGCCAAGGCUGAGACCCUCGCGCCUUUGGUUAUUUCAGUUUUUCUGGGAGUCGGGUUCUUCGUCUGGGAAGCACACAUCCCGGAGGAACGUGCUGCAGUACCGCCGAAGAUGUGGAACUACGAGAACUUCACGAUCAUCGUGAUUCUGGGCCUGCAGCCACGCAUGUGGUGGGCGUCUGUGCAGCUCUUGUACUCCUGGUUCUAUCAAGAUGCGCUCGGGUGGUCGACCAUCUACACCGCCGUCCACUUCCUACCCGUGGGCCUCGUAUCCAUUCUUUUCAUGGCCUUCACGAGCUUCCUGCAACAGCGAUUCCGACUGAAGUGGGUCAUGCUCGGUGGGCAGCUGCUGGUGCUCUCCGGCACUAUCCUCCUCGCCUUCGGAGGUUCGGCGGCGAAAUACUGGCCCUUCACCUUCCCCGGCUUUUGCCUGGGCACAGCGGGCACGACGAUUCAUCGCGCUCUUCGCCGUUACUCCGCCCACAUCGCGGCGACAGUCGGCUCCAUCCUGACGGCGUCGUCGCAGUUCGGGAGCGCCGCAGGCACAGCCAUCAUCACGUCCAUCCAGACCACCGUCCAACAGACGCACGGUGGCCCGAACAGCUUCUCCGGGCGCGCCGCUGGCCUGUGGUUCAUCGUGGGCAUGACAGCGGCGGAGACGCUCUCUCUGCUGUUCUUCAUGAAGAACGUCGUUGCGCCUGGUCGUGAUCGGAGAAAGGCUGCGGUGGAGGCUGCUGAGGCUGUCGAGCAAGUUGUUGACGCAGAUGAGAAGAUCACGGAAGAAAAGAGGGCGGUAGACAAGGAGGAGACGACCGCGGAGGACCCGGUGGACUACAUAGAGUGA